AUGAGGGAGCCACCACAAAUGAGGGAGCAACAAAUGAUGAUGAUGAUGAUGAUGAUGAGAGAUGGUGCAUCUUCCGACUCUGAUGAUGAUUGCUCUGAUCCAGAGUUUGAUCCUGAUGGUGAAAUACUUGGUGAUGUAGAUGAGUAUGAUGCUCCCAUGUUUUCAUAUGAUCCUGAUGAUCCAUGCAUUGAUGUAAAUGUGGUGUUUCCAGAUGUUGAUCAGUGCAAGUCUGCAGUUACACAUCACGCUAUCUUGCAUGACCAUGCUUUUAAGAUUAUCAAAAAAGAUCAAGAAAGAUUCAGAGCCAUAUGCAAGAGAGCUGAUAAGGGUUGUGAAGACAAGUGGACCAAAGCACACUUGUGGUUCUUUCAACAAGUGUGCCAUGCAUUGAUGGGUUUUUACAAGGAUGCAGACCAUACAUUGCCAUGGAUGCAACUUGUUGACUUAGGCUACAAAAUCCAUAAGCCUAAAUUGAGAAGGAAACAUGGGAGACCUAAAAAGUCUAGGUUCAAGGCAUAUGAUGAGGUCAGCAGUAGCAAGAAAAGAAGAUUGUGUUCUGAGUGCCAUGAACCAGGGCAUUUAGCCAAGACUUGUCAAGGAGGUCUCGCUGCUAGUCAAAAGAGAAGGCUCAAUUCUUCACAACAUGGAUCACAAGAGGACAACAAUGACCCAAUUGCAAGUGCUACUGGGAGGGGAAGGAGAAGGGAAAGAGGAAGAGAAUCAGGAGAGGGCAGCAGUGAGCCAAUUGAUCGCGCCUGGACCAUUGGACGGCUGAGGCUGCUGCUCGGUGUGACGGUGUCGGUGUUCUUGCUCCUGCGCUUCCGUUCACCUCCACAAACAGCAGCUCGCCGGCUUCUCGCCGGCGGCAAUGCUCGGUCGCGCCGGGCUGUCCAAUCGAAGGGGCCGUGCCCGUGUUCGCUGCGGAACCUCGCUAUCCUCGCCGUGGUAGCAUGGACCUUCUUCCUCUACCUAGAUUUCUCGGUGAUCAGCGGCACGGCGGAGGUGAGCAACGGCGGUGACCCGUGCCGGGGACGGUACAUCUACGUCUACGACCUGCCGCCGCGCUUCAACACCGACAUCAUCCGAGACUGCAGCAAGGCCGGGGGCCGCUGGGGCGACAUGUGCGCGUUCCUGAGCAACGCCGGCCUUGGCCGCCCCCUCACCGACGACGGCACGGACGGCGGCGGAGCUGGGUGGUACGACACGCACGAGCUCGCGCUGGACGCCAUCUUCCACAACCGUAUGAAGCAGUACGCGUGCCUGACCAACCGCUCCGCUGCGGCCGCCGCCGUGUUCGUCCCGUUCUACGCCGGCUUAGACUUUCUCCGCUACCGCUGGGGCUACGACAAGGCCACCAGGGACGCCGCGUCGGCGGACCUGUCGUUUUGGCUCACGGUACAGCCCCAGUGGCGGCGCAUGGCUGGGCGCGACCACUUCCUCGUCGCCGGGCGAACAGGGUGGGAUUUCCGGAGGAGCGGCGGCGACGACGUGAACGCGGACAGGGGCAACGGCCUCCUCGUCACGCCAGCCGGCCGGAACAUGUCCCUGCUCGUGCUGGAGUCCACGCUGAAACACGGCAGCGACUUCUCCGUGCCGUACCCGACCUACUUCCACCCCAGGUCCGACGCCGACGUGCUCCGGUGGCAGGACAGGGUGCGCGGCCAGCACCGGACGUGGCUCAUGGCGUUCGUGGGCGCGCCGCGCCCGGACGUUCCGCCGAGGACGAUCCAGGUCCGGGAACGCGUGAUCGCGCAGUGCAAGGCGUCCAGCGCCUGUGCCAUGCCGGGGUGCGCGCGCAGCUCCGGCAGUGCCCAGUGCCACAGCCCCGCCGACAUUAUGCGGCUAUUCCAGAAGGCCACCUUCUGCCUGCAACCACCUGGCGACGACGACGACGGCUACUCCCGCACGCGACGGUCGGUGUUCGACUCGAUGGUGGCCGGCUGCAUCCCGGUGUUCUUCCACGCGGCGUCGGCGUACAGGCAGUACCCGUGGCACCUCCCCAAGGACGACCACCUCGAGUACUCGGUGUUCAUCCCGGACGCCGACGUGAGGCAGCGCAACGUGAGCGUCGAGGCCGUGCUUCGGGCGAUCCCUCCGGGCACGGUGGAGCGGAUGCGCGAGGAGGUGAUCAGGCUCAUCCCGACUUUGUUGUACGCCGACCCCAGGUCCAAGCUCGAGACGCUCAAGGACGCGGUCGACGUCGCCAUUGACGGGAUCCUAGACACGGUGGCGCGAAUCAAGAACGGUGAGCAAGUCAAUUGUGGCGGGCCGGUGGACAAGGAUCCACCGAACCUCUUCGCCGCAACAGCAUCAAGGAUCCCGCCGAAUGGAUCUGUGCGAGCAGUUGACCAGCAUCGGUAA